UCAACGGCUGGACGUUCACACCACCUCCGGUUCAACAGAAAGCGGCUUGAUGGAAACAUGAAUCGCUGCUCGGCUGGAUGAACAUCAAAAAUAACGUUUGAAUCCCAGUGAUCAUGAGUGGGACCGUGAGAGGGAUUUCAGAGGACAUGGACCGACAAAUCGUACAGGCUGUAUUUGACGAGGACACAAUGUCCUCCACCUCAGUGGGGAUGUCAGAUUUGUCUGAUGAGAUCCUUCUGUGCAUCCUCCACCAUGUUCCAGUGUGUGACCUGGUGCUGAAUGUGGCAAAUGUCUGCCACAAGUUACACACACUGUGCCACGAUAAGACGCUGCUCACAAACGUCAGCCUGUCUGAGGAGUAUCUGGCUGAUGAUCUAUUGGUCCAGCGGUUAUUGAGGCAGCUAGCCAAUCACGUGCAGUCUCUCAGCCUAAACGGCUGCUACUGGCUGUCUGGCUCUACAGUGGAGCUUCUUGCUCGCUGCAGAGGAGUGUUGCACCUUGAUGUCACCGGCUGUCGCCUCACUUCCCUGCGUCUAUCCCGUAUCCUCUCCUCGCUCUCUCUGCUCAGAUCACUUGCUUUUGAUGUGACGCCAGGCUUCAACUCUGCUCAGCUCAGUUCAGAGGCGGUGGAUACGCUGAGCCGCCUGUCAGAGCUCAGACAGACACUGUUGACACCCAGCUAUGGUGUGGUGCCAUGCUGUGCCCAACUCCGCAAGCUGAUGCUGCAGUUUGACAUCUCUGAUGUAACCAGAGAGGGUAUCGGCAUUUGCUGUCAGUUAAUGAUGGGUCAGAGCAGUGUGCCACAUUAUCAACAGCUGGAGGAGUUCACUGCCAGGCUGGCUCCAGGAGAGGUAAACCAGACCUUGCUCCUGCUCUACCUGGCAGUGUUCAGCGUUCAUGUUCCAAAGCGUCUCAGAGUUUUCCUCGUGUCAAUUCCUGGUCCAAACCCUGCUCACUGGCCCGCUGCUCCCUCACUGGCCCAGAGCUUAGGUCAACAAGGUGACCUGGAGGCGCUGCAGCUCCCUCGUUCCUGGCUGGAUUCCUUAUCCCUGAAGCGAGCCCUGGAGGGAAACAGUCCCAAGCACUUGAGCUUCAGCCGCUGCCCAACGUUGUGGCCACAGGUGUUCCAGUCAUUGCUGGAGGGAGGAGUCAGAGACACUAAGCAACUGACCAGCCUGAACCUCAGCGGGAUCAACAAGGUCCUUUACUCAGAGUGUAGGAGUGUGGAAGAUCAGCUGGUUCCUGCCACAAUGAGCCAGUUGGCAGUCGGCUGCCCCAACAUCAAACAGCUGAACCUGAUGCACACACACUAUCACCAUGAAAACACACCUGUUGUAGGUGGAGAAACACACCUGUGUGCCAGCUUGGCCAAGCUCACACACCUGCGCUCUCUCACUCUGCCUGCCUGCACCUUGUCAGACGGUUUAAACAAACAUCAAAUCUCUACAAACAACACGUCUCCCUCUGCGUUGUUCCUGGGGUUAAAGAAGACUCCACGGAUGGGGCUUCAGAUUUACAAGCCUGAUUCAGAUUCUUCUGUGUCAGGGGACAGCACCUCAGGGCUCACUCUGCUCCUAGCUGGUUGCCCUUUUUUAGAGACCUUAGAGCUCAUUGGUCCGGGUUUUGUCUCUGUGCUGCCUCGGCUUGAGCCCUGCACUCGUGCCACCGUGGAGCCUCGUGGCAUGUGUGCGUGGGCACAAGGAGUCGGUGAUGCACACUUGGCGGCACUUGAGGCUUUGCCUCGAUUGCGUCGUCUGACUCUGGCUGGGCUUCCUGGGGUCCUUAAGGGGACAGGGCUGAUACAGCUGACCAGGCACUGCAAGGACCUGCGGGUAUUAUCCCUUGCCAACAUGGGAUCGCUAAAAACCAUGAACUACGCCCCCGCCUUGCUGGAUACACUUAAACAGUGCACACAACUCCAGGAACUCAGAUUAGAGCAGCCCUACCUGAAUGCCAACGCGUCAUUCUUUGAGGCUCUGUCCUGCUGCUCUCGUCUGCAGCGUCUCUGCCUUAUCUCACGCAGCGGUACCUUUGACCCACCGUCUGCAGAAACCUUCAUGGAGCGAUGCCACCAUGUCAUCAUGUGCCACAUGUUCAUGGGUGGCACUUUGGUGGCUUGUCGCACACUGCAGAAAGCUCUGCUGGACAGAUUUUCAGUCGAGCGCCCGGCCCUGAGUGUGGUCAUCUAUCCACUACAACACGAAGACCUGCCUGCAGUCAUCAGAGACAUCCCACUGACACUGCUGGAUAGGAUCACUCUGUUCCAGAGCCACGUGGCCCAACCACCACAUUUAUCACCAUUGUGACAUCAGCAGAAAGCUUCAGUGUGACUGAUGCUCAACAGCUGAGGUGCUCAGAUCAUUUUAUUCUGCAGGAAAUAAAAGACACAAAUUAAAGCACUGGCUGUCAUCUGCACAGUGUUUUCCGGUGUUGUGAUUUUUGACAUCAACAUGUGUUUCAGGCUGCUCAACAACAACACAUCAACCAUGAUUGUUUACAUCUACAAGUCAGAGUAAUGAUGGUCUCCAAAGGGUGAUUAGCUGGUGGGGAGUUUUUAGUUUACUGUUCCAGGACAUUUCACAGUUGGGCCUACAUUGUGGUUUCUCAGUCAAAAAUAACAUUUGUUACUUCAUAUAUCACUCUGUACUUUAGAAAAUAAAGUGCCAAAAAUACAAAAGAAGGGAUGUAUUGUUCAGAUAUUUAGUACUGAGAAUCUAAAUAAAAUGAUGUUGUAAUAAA